CACCACUUAAGCACCUCGGUAUAUAUCCUCCUAUAUCUAUAAUUCUAUUUUAAUAGCCGUCUGUCUCACACAUCUCCAUCUCCUCCCCACCAAAAAGCCACGAGCUGGCACGGACGGCAGAACGGCUAUAUACGGAGAACGGAGAAACCUUACGAUCCUUACUGGCGUACGGUACGGGGUAACGAGAUUGGCGAGAACCCCCUCCCUUGCUGGCUACGAUCCACCACGGCGCCAGAACUAACACGCAGUAAGAUUACUACUACAGUUCGUCGCUGCCCCCCUUGAAACCCCUCCGUUGUCGCCCUGAACCCUACCAAAAGCUGCUCGUUUCAUGGCCUGCCACUAUAACUUCUUCUUCCAACAUUUAUAUUCAAAGGCCUGAAUUGAACUAAACUGUUGUUGAAAGCUGCAACGUCAAUGCGCAUCGCAUCGCAUCGUACACCAACCACGAACUGCAACCUCAAUAAUCGAUCUUCUGCACACCACCACCUCCACUACUGUCUGUCAACUCUCGCCUGCUGAUCACCAUGUCUCUGCCGCAUUAUUGAGACAAUCACAAACCCCGUGUUCGCGACUUCCCUCCCUCACCUUUCCCGAAUCGAUCGAUCCCAUCCGGUAGCUGGCUGGAAAGGUUUAAUGACCGUCGCCACUCCUCCUCACCAGCUUCUUCAACGACCUUAGAUGAACCGCCAACCCAACAUCCCCGGCAUCUCUGCUCGAGCCGCCAACCGCGCCUCGCAUUCCCCUACCACCGAUAUAUAAUACAUAAUACCUAGUUUCUUCUUUCCCAACUACAAAAAUGGACAAGGCACGCGCCACAGCUGCCUCGACGGCGGUGGCACAACCACAGAUGAUCCCGCCGCGAACACCCGCAGGUUCGUCCACGACCCAGGCCAAGCGCUCGCCGCUGGCUGUCUCGGUGCCGGCACCGGCGCAGGCGAGUAAGGUGCGCAAUAGCGUGAUGGCACCCGAUGCUUUCUCCUCUUCUGCCGUCACGGAGAAUGGGAGCUAUGAGUUCGAUCGCGUGCUGAAGAGCGGCUACGUGCGCAAGCGGACGCGCAAGACGAAGUCAUGGAAACAAAUCUACCUCGUCCUCCGCCCCACCUCCAUAUCCAUCUACAAAGACCAAGACGAAUCCAAACUCCGCCACAAAAUCCUCCUCUCCGACCUAACCGCCGUCGCCUUCCUCAAAGACCCCAAACACAAGCGCCACAACGUCUUCGGCCUCUUCUCCCCCUCCCGCAACUACCACCUCGAGGCCCUCUCCAAGCCCGACGCCGCCGAAUGGGUGGAUCUGAUCCGGCGCGAGGCGCGCAUCGAGGAGGAGGAGGAGGAGAUGUUUUUGGCGUCCCCUACCACGAAUAUGACGCAUAAUUAUGCGGGGCUUGAUGCGGAGAUGAGGAGACGCACGGUGGCGGCGGGACUGCGCGAUGUGCCGCUGGAAACUCAGCGGGGGUCUUCAUCGCCAGAACCCUCGCCUGCGCGCGUUAGACCUGUUCAUCACCCCGCGCCGCUGGAUCCGAAAAUAGCGAGGCGCGCGUCGCACUUCGAGUACUCCGGCACGGAACCAGCGUCGCACUCUGACUUCUCUGACGUCGAAACACAUUUUAACCCCUCUCUCCGCCCCAAAGCCGCUGGCGCCUCGCAGGUCUCCAUUCCCGAGAUAGGUGAGCCGUCUGCCCCGCCGUCGCAACAGCAACAACGUCCCAUAAUCCCCCCCCGCAACGGCAGCCAACUAAGCGGCCUCAACAUCACCCCCGACGCCGACCCGGAACGCGUAAUCUGGCAAGGGCACCUUCUCUACCUCAAGUCGAAGAGUGGGGUCCGACAAUGGAAAGACCUCUGGUGCGUCCUUCGCGCUCGCACCUUCGCCCUUUACAAAGAUGAGAACGAGUACUCCCCCUUACUAAUAUUGGAACUGGGGAAUAUCAUUAAUGUGGUGGAAAUUGAUCCCGUAAGCCGCACGAAGAGGAAUUGUUUGCAGGUUAUUACGGAGGAGAGGAGUUAUCGGUUUUGUGCGAGGAGUGAGGAGGGGUUGGAUCUUGUGCUGGGGGGGUUUAAGAGUUUGUUGGUUAGGAGGAGGGAGGGGAGUGUGGGGGGUGGGGGGGUUGUUGGGGGGGGGGGUUGA